AUGUCAAAAGAAGGAACUCUGGACCUCGUCUCCGGUGUAAGGAUCAUCCCUGAAGAUAAAGAUGAAAAGAACUACUGGGCCGACGAAGUACGAUUGAGUAGACCCACUUCCGGAUACCCGAGAUAUCUGUAUGCGUCAACGCGGGGACUAGAAAAGGAGACAAAAGGCUACGUUGCAGUAUUUGCAUUGGAUGCAGAUGGUUUGGUGCAGGGAGAUGCGAUUGACAUCUUCGAGACUGCGACGAGUGGCGGCAUUGCCAAUGCUAUUGAAACUGCACCCAAGAUCGAUGGGCAAGAGGGAGCGGAAUAUUUGGCCAUGACAGACAGUCAGGNNGAGGGGUAUGUGUUCAUCUUGGCCUUUGACGGCAAGAAGAUUAUGGAGGCUGCGAGGACGCAAUUAGUGGGAGAAGACGGAAAGACUCUGGCUGCUGCUACAGCAGUAUGGUUAUGA